AACCCAGUACCACUGAUACAAAACCUGGUGUUAACCCUUCCCUGGCUGUACUGAAUGAAACUCAUGAAGAAGCAUCAUUAGAAGAACAUUCUGAAGCCAUUGAGAUGGUUUCCCUGGCCAACAAUGCCCCUAAGGCCAAAGAAGUGGAAACUCGCCCCAAGUCUAGUGGCAAGAAGGGAUUGUUUGGAUCAAUGAAGGGCUUACUAGGUGGGAAGAAGAAGGAGAGAGAGGAACAGAAAGUGCCACUCAUCCAAGUUGAUCCCAACUCUUCUACUCCUGAGACAUCUUCUAUUGGUACCCCAGACCGAAUCCAGUCUCCUGCAGCAGAAGUUAAAGCAAAUGUCAUUGAGACAACAAUACGUGGAGAAAAGAUGAAGUUCUGGGCGCCAGAUGAUUAUGUUGAUAACAAAUCUAUCACUGAUCCCCCUGGAGAUGGGCUAAAGCUUGAGUGGGUGUAUGGUUACCGGGGGAAUGAUUGCCGUAGCAACAUCCAUGUACUGGCCAAUGAUGAGAUAGCUUAUUUCAUUGGUAGUGUAGCUGUACUCUACAAUCGCACUCUACACUCACAGAGACAUUACAGAGAACACACUGAAGAAAUCAAAUGCAUUGCAGUACACCCCAAUGGGAUGACCCUAGCUACAGGCCAAGAUGCCACUAACAAGAAGACAGCAGCAGAUGCCCAUGUAAGGAUAUGGAGGGCUGACUCGUUGCAGACCCUACAUGUACUUGGAAUGGGAGUAUUCACUAAAUCAGUUGCAGCGGUUGCUUUCUCAAAGACUAAAGAGCGUUUGGUUGUUCUAGAUGACCACAAGGAGCACCUCCUGUCAGUAUGGGACGUCACAACAGGCAAAGAGGUAGCCAGGACUAUGGUGAACAAUGAUGUCAUGUGUGACAUUGGAUUCAGCUCGAAUGAUCCUAAUAUUCUUGUAACAAUUGGUCGGGAACACCAAACUUGGUGGAAGAUUUACACCAAUCGAGUGAAAGAUCUUGAAAAUGCAUUACAGAAGAAUCAAAAAGAGGCUGCCCAGCCUCAGUCUGGAAUUGAAAUGCACGCUAAGCCAGAGUAUGGGACCUUCUUCAAGGCAAGGUUUGUGAUUUGUAUGCUGCAUACUGAGAAGGGAGAUCUGAUAACGGGUGACUCUAAUGGCACCAUAUAUGUAUGGGGUGGCGGGAACAAUUCCAUCACAAACUAUGUCAAACAUGCACAUGAUGGCCCUGUGUUCUCUCUGUUGGCUUACAAGAACUACCUUCUAUCUGGGGGGAGAGAUGGAAUGGUGGUCUCCUGGGUGUGGAACAAGAACAUGGAUGAAGCGGGAAAUAUAAAGGUGAAGGAAUUACCGCAGCCAAAGCAUCAAACUCUUGAGAUUCCUAAGCUGGAGGGAGGUGUAAGGAUGCUUGUGAUUCACAAUGACAUCCUUCUGAUUGGAACAACUACGAACUCUAUCUUAGUAACUAAGAUAGCUGCAAAGGGAUGUCCCUUGACUGGGGUGGAGCUGCAGAAGAUCCCUUUAACACAGGGUCACUUUGAUGAUGUCCGCGGGUUGUCAAUGGUUCAGUUAGCUGGUAGAGAGAAUGACAUCAUCACAGUCGGCUAUGAUGGAAUUAUCUGCUGUUUGAACACAGUCACAAGAGAGGCUGUUUGGAAACACAUGGUUAAGGGCCUUCACUUCCUGUGUGCAGACCUCUCUAUUACUGGUGAAAUCCUUGUUGCUGGAACAAAUAAUGGGGAGCUUGUAAUCUUUGAUAUCCAACAUGGCGACAAUUUUUCAAUUUCUGAACAAGCGCAAAUAAAAAUCACAAAAGAUAAACUUACUUCAGUCAAGCUCUCUGCUGAUGGGAAUAAAAUAGCGAUCGGUACAAAAUCAUUGAUAGUUAUCAUGAAAUGGACAGAGGUUGAGGAAAGUCAAUGGGCCUGGCAGGAAAUGGGUCAAUGUCAAGGUCAUUCUAGAUCAGUGACUGGACUAGAUUGGAAUAUAGAUGGCACCCUACUACAAAGCAGCUCUGAUAAACCUGAGUUUUGCAUUUGGAACAUAGAGACUUGCCAUUUAUUAAACCCAGAGGAACAAAAGAAUCAAAGAUGGCUGACACACACAUCAAAACUCGGCUUUCCAGUCACAGGUGUAUGGCACUGUAAGCAAGGAAAGGAGGCAGAUAUCUCUUCAGUGGAGAUCAACCCAACUAAGACAUUGGUUGCUAUGGGGAACAGCCAGGGUUAUAUCAGUCUCUUUAAAUACCCAUGCUGCAAAGAGGGGAGUUACAGCCACACCUACAGAGGAUCAAACUGCCCCUUGCCCAAUAUAGGAUUCACCACCAGUGGGCGCCACCUUAUCACCUUAGGGGGUAGAGACGCUUGCCUCAUGCAGUGGAAGAUUAUCUAAUUUGUUGGACCUGUUCUUGUAAUGAUGACUAUAACUAAUAUACACAUAUUGCAGUUAAUAACAAUGCAACAGACAUGGACCAUUACAGAGUUCAGAAAUAACACUGUUAUUAGGAUUAUAAUUUCAAAUCCGUCCAUUCAGAUAAAUCCAGAUAUUGAAGUUUGGGCUUGACUAAAACAAAUUGACAGCUGGUCAACAUAUUGUUCUCCAUUAUAGAUAUUAUAUUUACUGUCCUUGUGAACUUCCUCAACAUUAACAUUGCAUACAAGUUAUCUCAUUUUAAUAUUUUAGAAUUAUUUGCAUUUUAAUUUAUGGCUUUACUUGUGCAUUGAUUUAUUUUCUAUUUAAUAAUUAAUUAUGUAGGCAUGGCGAGUUCAUAUUAUUAAAUCAUUACUAGAAUAACUCAUCAUUUACUUCUUCAUCUUAGACUAUUUAAAGACAAUGUGUAAUAUUUGUUCAAUACAGUUCUUGAAUUGUUUGAUACAGUAUGUGAAAUACAGAGGCUCUGAGAAGGACAGAGAUGACUGAAUAAAAUAAUUAGUCUUAUUGGAGAGGGCAGAUGUAGCUCUCCUCCAGAGGGAAGUCUUAAACAGAAGGCUUGAUUGACAUUGCU